CUUGUUGCUCUCCUUCAUACCAUCACCAUUUCCCUUUACUUUACUAUAAAAUAUAAAUAAAUAAGUAAUAAUAAAAAUAUACAAAUAUUGAUUGAUUGCUCUCUCUUCUCUCUCAGAAGAAAGAAAAGGAAAACUGCUCCUUCCUCUCACUCUCCCCUUUCUCCCAAAACCUUUACCACAUCCAUUCCCUUCAUUCAUUUCCAUCUCUUCCUCUUCUUUGAAGAACCAUCGCCAUCAAAUCAAGCCGCAUGUCUUCAAUGAUGAGCGCACAAGGUGUGGUGUUUGCAACCGCCAUGGCUGUCUCCGGCACGGUGAUCCUCCUCGCUCUCCGCCUUCAGAAAUCUUUCCCGCCAACCCAAUUCUCCUUCCACGAAAUCCCUACUUCCCAAACUCCAAAAACUCUCCGAUCUUGCAUUUCCUCUGCUGGGAAGAAGAGUGUGAAGAAGAAGAAGAAAAGGGUGCACUUUGCAGAGGACGUGAUGGAUUCUUGUGGAGACGGAGAAGAGUUCAGGAGGAGGAUUAGGUCAAACUAUGAAUCUGAAUCAGAAUCAGAAUCAAAGGUUGAAACUUGCGGAAAUGGGGAAAGAAGAAGAAGAGGAAUGCCAGAAAACAGGGUAGCUUUGUAUAACGGAAUUCUAAGGGAUCGUGUGGCCCAACGUUUGGCCUACUCGUGUUGAUUUGCUUCUCUCUUCUCUCUCUCUCUCUCAAUAUGAAUAUUCUUCUUAUUAUGCUUCUCUUUUUUUUUAUUUUCCUUUUUUUAAAUUUCUAAGAAGAAUUUUUUAGUUUAGGAAGUAAUAGAAGGCAGAGGGGAUGGGCCACCACAAGAAGUAUAGCUCUCUUAUCAGUGUUAGUGAUUGCUGAUUGGAUGGGUUUUCCUUGUGAGUUGUGAAGAAUAGGGAGAUUUUGUUGAUAUUUGUGUUUUGUAGGGUAAUCUUCUAGGCCUCUCUUUCUCUCUCUCUUUUCAUAACUCUAAAUCCAUCUAUUAUCUUGUUUCUUUCUUCUUUUUACUUUUAGUCUCUUACCUUUUCUUCUUUUCUACUUAGGAAAAUGUAUUGUGUUCUGUGACAUUUGUGAAUACAAAUAAUAGAAUUCUUGUGAUGGAAUACAG